AUGACGACGACGUGCGAACGCGACGAAUACUUUCUCGAAACGUGGCAAUUUGUCACGCUCUCGUGCCACGUUCUAACCAUAAUCAGCAUACCCGCCGAAUUGUACACGAUCUUCUUGGUCUGUAAGAAAACGCCGAAGCGAAUGAAGAAUUUGAUUUGGCCGCUAUUGCAACUUCAGAUUUGGAAUCUAUGUGCCGACAUCAAUUGGGGAUUUCUUGUCACCCCGUAUUGGGUGCUGCCGUGCCCGUGUGGUAUGGGAUUGGGUGUGCUCAGUAAGAUUGGAGUGCCGACGAUUUAUCAAAUUUUCUCGGGGCAGAUUAAUAUCACAAGUACGAUAGUUAAUAUUAAUCCGUGCCCGCCACGAUUGUUUUAUAGCCCCGAAUUUUACGUGUUCACCGAUGACUACCAAUUUUGCGCCCUUCUCCUCGGAUCCUAUGUCGGAUUUUUGCUAAUUCAAGGGUUCGUCUACCUCUUCGGCACUUCGUUUUAUUUGUUGUUCACGAUUGGCGGCACGAAAAUCUCGUUGGCGACGCAGCGAAUGCAGAGAAAGAUAUUUCGCGGUUUGCUUAUCACGAAACACGCAAUCUUGAGUAUCCCGUUUGCGCUCUUCGAAACAGAAGAAAAAUCGAAUUUAGUAAAGACUAAUGCCCUAGAUGCUGCCAAUAAUAGUAUACCAAUGUGGAAUUAUCGAAAAGGGCCACACAGUGAGAGAUUUCCUGGUGAUGUGAUUGAGAUUCGAUUCACGAAGGAGAAUGAUGGACGAAUAGGAUAUGUGUGGUCCGACUUGAUUCCCGAUGUUGAUGGUUCGAAUAUAAAGCCGAAAUUCUCGAAAGCCGUUUUCAUUGAUAAUUUGGAUAUUCAUAGGUUCUUAGUUAUUCAACAACCCAAGGAUACGGUAAUUGUGCUCAGUGAGGACGCUUUCGCCAAUUACAAUAUUGCCGGGUUUCCUAAGACUGCCGCCUGGGUUGAAUGCAACGUGUGCUGUGAGACCGGCAUUGGGGCGAUCGUGUUCGACUGCGGUCAUUGGAUCUGCGCAAAGUGUCGGUCGCAGAUCGAUAAAUGUCAUUUAUGUUCUAAAGAAAUUGUCGAAGAAAGGCGUCUCAAGGUUCGGAAUGGUCAUUGUCCGCUUGAUAUUUGUGAUGAGGAUGGCGAUCAGAGAAAGGCAGUGGCUUUGGUGCCGUGCGGAUGUUAUCUGUCGUGCGACGCACUUGUCGCGCGAGUAAAAAGAAAGUAUGGGGACCAUCAAAUUCUGGGAAAAGACGGCGAUACAACAACAUGUUACGACACCAUCGAUGGCUUAUCAUAUUGCCCAUUCGAUGCUUGCGGCAAACGCGUUCAACGUGUUAUCAGGAUGAACUUUAACUACGUACAUCAGCGGUCUGGACCACUGGAGCCCGGUGCGAGUUGUACGGAUAAUCAGAGUACUAGUAUGCGGGGAUCCCAACCACAACAACUACAGCAAGCAGCGCUGCCACAGCGGGUUCAGUAUCAGGCGAUUGUGAGGAAUAACAAUGGAAGACAGGGACCGAGACGGGAUCUCGCUGCCGGCGUCAAAUAUCACUAUGUGAAAGUUUCCGCACCACCGCCGCGCGCCGCUCCAAUGGUCACAUCAAGAGCCGUAAGCCAGUUCAGCAGCAACCAGAACCAGCAGUACCAUGUCGUGCAGCACCAGCAGCCAGUUCAACCGCAGCAGCAGACAGAAAUCCGCUAUGUUCAGCCGCAGUCAGUCCAGCAGCAGAUGCCUCUGUCACCGCCACAGCAGCCUUCCCAAAGUCAAUCAGUUGAGCCGCAUCAGGCAAAGCGGCCGCGCAUUCUUCAGAAGACACAGAAUCCGCCGAAACCGCGGACUACGCUCAUCGUUCACGAACAAAAAAAACUUAGCGGUGUGACGAUCAAGAUCGAGCAGCAAGUGCCACUUCUCCACGAUCCAAAUUUGAUCAGUUUGGCGCCGACGACGCCCACAACUGAUAGUGUGUCUUAUGCGGCACAGCCGGUAGCAAUGGCCAUGCCAGUUCCCAGCAAUUCUGGAACAUCGGCAAGACGCGAGUUUGAUGGCGAGACAGCUACUUGGUACUUGUCGCCGGCUAAGGCUUCUCCGACUAUUGCUGAAACAGAAAGCCCAAUGAUUCAUGGCAAUCCGGCGAUUCAACAGCAGAACAAUCAAGAGUUUUCCUUCAUUCAGCAACCGCCGUUCCAGAACAGAAACUCUGUUGAUGAUUGGAAUCUGCACGCCUCUAGCUUGGCGGAUUAUCUCGAGCCGACAGACUUUUCUUACGACGACGAUGAUUCCUGGAUCAAGUCGGUAGAUGUCACCGAAUUUGCCGGCAUCAGCCAAGAUCUUGAACGGGACCCAUCUCUUCCGGGACCCGCCCCUCCGCCACCAGCUUAUGUUCAAAGAAAAUGUAAAUCGAAAUCGCCAUCGCCACCGGCACCGAAUAAGACAAAGUAUCGGAAUGCGCAGCCUUUGCUUCCCGGCGAAUUCGCGAAACCGUCGUGGUCGUAUAGCAGCCUGAUCGCACUGGCUUUAAAAAACAGUCAACACGGGCAUCUAACCGUCUCGGAGAUCUACGCGUUUAUGCUUGAAAAUUUCCCGUACUUCCGAACAGCGCCGCCCGGCUGGAAGAACUCCGUUCGUCACAAUCUGUCGCUGAACAAAUGCUUUAUGAAGGUUAAUAUCGACCUUGCCGCAAUGAAUCGCAAAUCGUGCCUCUGGCAGAUCUGCCCGCAUAAGCUCGAGAAGUUGGAGAACGAUAUUCGCAAGUGGCGCGAGCGCGGUAGCGUUGAGGGACUUGCUAGACCAGAGGAUCUUGAAGCGAUUGAGAGCGGCACAAAAGGUAUGCCCGAUAUGCAGUGCUACACAAAGAACGUGCUGAGAACGGUUUACCAUGAGAAUCGCCCGUCGACGUCCGGAACUCAGCACGUCAGCUCGACGCAGGCGGCAACUCGGAUUUUGGCGCAUGCUGGAAUCCAGGCUCCAACGGAGAUUAUCAACUCGCGCCACCGUAUUCCACAAGUUCGCAAGGUGCGAAAAACGAGAAGAAAGAAGAAUGCGACGAAUAGUGUGGCUGAGCCUGCUGGUUGCUCGCCGAGCUCAACCAUCUCUAGUGCGACGUCGAUGAUUUCGUACAGCGUGUCGUCUGAGAUGUCCUCUACUGCUUCGUCCUCGUCCAGCUCAUCAUCGACCCCGAGAUCGGAUGACGGCAACAUUUGUGAUACGGCUCCAUUCUAUGAUCCAGGAGCUUCUUCCUCUCGCAUCACUACUCCGGCACCAUUCUUGGAUGACUUGAUGGCCUUCGAGAAUGAUCCCGACUUCUUCACACUUCUUCCGCCACCAUCGACCGGGCCUGUGAAGCGCCCACUCAGCGAGGUUCUUGAAAGUCCUGCAAAACUCACUGAUGUCCUCAACACCUCUUUCGGUACACCCACUCGCAGCAGUAAUGCUCCGCAGCAGCGUGACGACGGAACUCUCUCUCCUUUCCGGUGCAGCAUCUACUUCAGCUCUUUCGAUUUAGCGAGAGACGCUCUCAAUGACAACUCGCUUAUGAGUGCCGCGUUGGAAGAAAGUCCUUAUAAGGGACCCGUCACAUUUCCCAAUAUUCGCUAA